AUGCUUGCUGUAAAGUUUCUUGGCAUUGGAGGUCGUCCUCGUCUGGCGGCUAUACGUGCUACUAGCACAGUACUAAAGCCAAUGGAAAUACGUUUGAUUCAUAUAUCACGUCCUGUUUUGAUGCAGUCUUUUGAUGACAGUGGGAUGUCUCGUUUACAGGAUACUCCGACGAACAUUGGAAUAUUGAUUGUACCACAACAGCGUGCGUGGGUUGUCGAGCGUUUUGGCAAGUUCCACGACGUGUUGACACCUGGUUUGCACUUCCUCAUUCCAUUGGUAGACCGUAUUGCUUAUGUACACUCGCUUAAAGAAGAAGCGAUCAAGAUUCCUGGUCAAACGGCCAUUACUCGGGAUAAUGUGACCAUUAGCAUUGAUGGUGUGCUCUAUGUCAAGAUUAUUAACCCGUAUAACGCCAGCUAUGGAGUUGAAGAUCCGCUCUACGCAGUUACGCAGCUAGCACAGACCACCAUGCGCUCGGAGCUAGGAAAGAUUACACUCGACAAGACGUUUGAGGAGCGCGAGUCGCUCAAUUUGAGCAUUGUGGAAGCAAUCAACCAGGCUUCGGAGGCGUGGGGGAUCAAGUGUUUGAGAUACGAGAUCCGUGAUAUUGCUCCACCCCGCAGUGUGAAGGCCGCAAUGGACAUGCAAGCGGAGGCGGAGCGUCGAAAACGUGCCGAGAUUUUGGACUCGGAAGGUGAGCGUCAGGCGUACAUUAAUGUUGCUGAGGGCAAGAAACGUGCUGCCGUAUUGGAGGCAGAAGGUGCGGCGGCGGCUAUUUUGGCAAAGGCGAACGCGUCUGCAGCAGCUAUCCAGCGGCUUUCGAGCGCUAUUCAGGAGACAGGUGGCCGCGAUGCUGUUGCACUCCAAGUGGCGGAGAAAUAUGUGGAUGCGUUUGGUAACAUUGCCAAGGAGGGCACGACCGUCCUACUACCGUCCAAUAUGAAUGAUCCUUCUUGCAUGGUUGCAUCGGCACUGUCGGUUUUUGGAAACAUCCAGAAGCAAAAUAACAAGGAGGCUGCUCGUAUUGCUGACAAGUCACACAACCAAGAGGCUGACGGAGGACACGGCGAGUACACUUUGGACAGUGUAGAUUCGGAUUCGACCAAGAAGUAA